AUCCAUCUCCAUCUCCUCCGCGCUGCACGCGGGUCACGUCGCACGCGCACCUCACCUCUUCCGCGCGGCUCGCCUCGCCCCGCCACCUCCUCCUCCUCUCUCCCCUACUGUGCUCCGCUCCAUCACGAAUCUCCUACGCAUCGGGGAUGGCGCGGGUGGUGGCGGCGGCGGGGGCGGCUGCUGCUGCGGCGGCGGGCAGGCCGCUGGGUGGCAGCGGAUCUGUGGACCGUCCCGCGGCGGCGAGGCUGUCGUUCGCGCCGCGCGACGCCGCGAGGGAGAGGUGGGGCGGGGCAGCAGCGAGGGGGCGCCGCGAGUCCGCCGUAACGUCCGUGAUUAGCCGCGCCCCGCGCCUCGACGCCGAGGUGGUGCCGGUGUCGGCCGACGACGACGCGGACGUCAAGGAAGAAGAAAACUUCCAGCAACUCAAGGCUAUUCAGCAACUUGCAACAGCAACCAAUGGUGUAUGGUCUAAACCAAAUGUAAGGCGCAAGACAAAGAUUGUGUGCACCAUUGGUCCUUCGACUAACUCAAAGGAAAUGAUAUGGAAACUUGCUGAGGCUGGCAUGAAUGUUGCUCGGCUUAAUAUGUCACAUGGAGACCAUGCAUCACACCAGAAAGUUAUUGACUUAGUAAAGGAAUAUAAUGCUCAAACAAAGGAUAAUGUGAUUGCUAUUAUGCUUGACACAAAGGGACCAGAAGUUAGGAGUGGAGAUUUGCCCCAACCAAUAAUGUUGGAACCUGGUCAGGAUUUCACUUUCACAAUCAAGAGAGGAGUUGGGACUGAGACAUGCGUUAGCGUUAACUAUGACGACUUUGUUAAUGAUGUAGAAGUGGGCGACAUGCUCCUCGUAGAUGGUGGAAUGAUGUCAUUGUUGGUCAAGUCCAAAACUGAAGAUUCAGUAAAAUGUGAAGUUAUUGAUGGAGGUGAACUGAAAUCCAGGCGUCACCUGAAUGUUCGUGGAAAGAGCGCAACCUUGCCAUCAAUUACUGACAAGGAUUGGGAUGAUAUUAAAUUUGGCGUGGAUAAUCAGGUUGACUACUAUGCUGUUUCGUUUGUCAAAGAUGCUCAAGUUGUGCAUGAAUUGAAGGAUUAUCUCAGAAGCUCCAAUGCUGAUAUACAUGUAAUUGUAAAAAUUGAAAGUGCAGAUUCCAUUCCAAACCUACACUCAAUCAUCACAGCAUCUGAUGGGGCUAUGGUUGCCAGAGGUGACUUGGGAGCUGAACUCCCAAUUGAGGAGGUACCUCUGCUGCAGGAAGAAAUUAUUAGAACGUGCAGGAGCAUGGGAAAAGCUGUUAUUGUUGCCACUAAUAUGCUAGAAAGCAUGAUUGUUCAUCCAACUCCAACCCGAGCAGAAGUUUCAGACAUUGCUAUAGCUGUUCGUGAAGGUUCUGAUGCCAUUAUGCUUUCUGGGGAAACUGCACACGGAAAGUUUCCUUUGAAAGCUGUCAAGGUCAUGCAUACUGUUGCCCUGAGAACUGAAGCCACUAUUUCUGGUGGGGAAACACCGACUAACCUUGGUCAGGUGUUCAAGAAUCACAUGAGUGAAAUGUUUGCCUACCAUUCAACAAUGAUGUCCAACACUCUUGGAACAUCAAUUGUGGUUUUCACCAGGACAGGGUUUAUGGCUAUCCUACUUAGUCACUACCGCCCGUCUGGCACCAUUUUUGCCUUCACAGACCAAGAGAGAGUUAGACAACGAUUGGCUCUGUACCAAGGUGUAUGUCCAGUUCAGAUGGAAUUUUCUGAUGAUGCUGAGAAGACAUUUGGUGACGCUUUGUCAUACUUGCUGAAACAUGGCAUGGUGAAGGAAGGCGAGGAGGUUGCGCUUGUUCAAAGUGGCAGGCAGCCUAUCUGGCGGUCGCAGUCCACCCAUAACAUUCAGGUCAGGAAGGUUUGAUGUGAAGCCUGCGGUCAGAGACUUAAUAUCCAUGAAUGUAUUGAUGGGCUUCCGGAAAAACCGCAGGCCUGAUGAUAAUACCACGCUGGCAUUACUGGCAUCAUUUAGUUGUGAGCAUGGUGACCUGUUUGCAAGAUGUAAGAGAGCGAUUAUUGUGAUUCUAUUGUCAUUGCGGAAUUAUUCCUUUGCAUGUAAAAUGGUGUGAGCGACUCAUCCCAUUCUGGGUUCUGUAGUAUGGUAGUAUCGAAGGGUUCUUUGAUUUGUGUUUACUGCUAUCUGUUUCCUAAUCAAGGAUUGUAUCAACAGAAACAGUUUCAUUAUAUGAAUUGCUGUAAGACUUGA